AUGCUCGACUCUCGGUCACCGUUUCGGAUCAAUUUCUUUCAAGCUCAUGUCAUCGACCCGAUAUUCCCUCCUGCUCAAUGGCACUCCAUUCACGGCGAGUCCAUCCAUCAGAAGCUGGUCCUCAGAGCACAUGGGGCUCUCUGCACACCACACCCCACCCCCAAUCCUCCCAACGUCGAUGUUGCGCUCAUGUCCGCUCAUGCUUGCCUUUUGCUCGCCCCCCCGGUCGCCCAAUUCCCCGAUUGCUUACCGGCGAAGCGAGAGAUUCAUGGGAAUCCUUGA